AUAAUUCAAAUACAAACCAUUAAUUCUUAUAAAGCAAUUGCUAAUAAACCCAAGAAGAAAAAAAAAAUCCAUACCGUUAAUUAUAGCCAAGACAGAAAACUAUGGCUUCCCUAUCUUGGCUUCCGACUCUCAAGUCAACCAUCUACAUUUCUCUGCUGGUCCUUCAUUUUUCCUUAAUAAAGGGCCAUGGAGGUGGUGAUGAUGAAGAUAGCAGCAGCAACGACAACGCAGACUUGCAUGCCAAAGGGUUGAUCUUGGUGAAAAUUUGGUGUUUGAUUAUUCUUCUUGUGAGCACUUUCGCUGGUGGCGUCUCCCCCUACUUCUACCGAUGGAACGAGAGUUUCCUUCUCUUGGGUACUCAAUUUGCUGGUGGGGUUUUUCUUGGGACAUCUCUAAUGCAUUUCUUGAGUGAUUCUACUGAUACUUUUUCCAGUCUUACAACAAAGACAUAUCCCUUCUCUUUCAUGCUGGCCUCUUCUGGCUAUCUCUUGACCAUGCUUGGAGAUUGUAUAGUGAGCUUGAUCACAAAGGGUAACCAAAGAGAAACUAGUGUGGUUCAAGCAGAAGUAGGAAGAGUAGUUCCAGAAGAUGAUAAAGAAGUGGGUCAAGUGGAUCUGAACCCAGUUUUAUUGCGGACUACUUCUCUUGGGGACACCAUUCUACUAAUUCUUGCUUUGUGUUUUCAUUCAGUGUUUGAGGGGAUUGCUGUCGGAGUUGCAGCAACUAACGCAGAGGCAUGGAGGAAUCUUUGGACAAUAUCCUUGCAUAAAAUUUUUGCAGCCAUAGCAAUGGGAAUUGCACUUCUUAGGAUGCUCCCAACAAGGCCAUUUCUAUUAACAGUGGCAUACUCUUUUGCCUUUGCGAUUUCCAGCCCCAUUGGAGUAGGGAUUGGCAUUGCCAUUAAUGCCACAACUCAAGGCCAAACAGCUGAUUGGACCUACGCCAUUUCAAUGGGAAUUGCAUGAGACUUUCCAGAAGCCAAAGACCAUUGGUGAAGUCCGUGAAAGCUGAGCCAUCUUGUCUGCAUGACAUAUUUUGGAGUAGGCUACAAGGAGCAUAGUUAAUGCGAUAUAUUUAGAACUUAGUCUGCUUAACUAAAUAUCUCUCAACUACACAUAUCUAGCUAGCUAAUUUACCAAAAUCUUUCAACUGUCAACUAGCUAUUGUGACUUCAUGACCAAGCUUGAGUGAAUAAUUAGUUUUGGUUAUUUAC